AUGACCAUAUUUGAAAAUGUCACCCGGGCCCUGGCCAGACAGCUAAACCCUAGAGGGGACCUGACACCUCUUGACAGCCUCAUAGACUUCAAGCGCUUCCAUCCCUUCUGCCUGGUGCUGAGGAAGAGAAAGAGCACUCUCUUCUGGGGUGCCCGAUAUGUCCGCACUGACUACACCCUCCUGGAUGUGCUUGAGCCUGGGAGCUCACCUUCAGAUCCAACAGACUCUGGGAACUUUAGUUUUAAGAAUAUGCUGGAUGCCCGAGUGGAGGGAGAAGUGGACAUGCCAAAGACAGUCAAGGUGACGGGGACUGCAGGGCUGUCCAGAAGCAGUACCCUGGAGGUCCAGACACUCAGUGUGGCUCCCAAGGCUCUGGAGACCUUGCACCAGGAGAGGAAGCUGUCAGCUGAGCACCCGUUCCUGAAGGAGAUGCGAAACCGAGGGGAGAACCUGUAUGUGGUGAUGGAGGUGGUGGAGACCGUGCAGGAGGUCACUCUGGAGAGAGCUGGCAAGGCGGAGGGUUGCUUCUCCCUCCCAUUCUUCGCCCCAUUGGGACUACAGGGAUCCAUAAACCACAAGGAGGCGGUAACCAUCCCCAAGGGCUGCAUCCUGGCCUUUCGAGUGAGACAGCUGAUGGUCAAAGGCAAAGAUGAGUGGGAUAUUCCACAUAUCUACAAUGAUAACAUGCAAACCUUCCCUCCUGGAGAAAAGCCAGAGGAGAAGCUCACCCUUAUCCUGGCAUCUGAUGCCGGGGAGGAACAUGAGGACUUCAAGACACUAAAAGAAGAAGUUCAAAGAGAGAUCCAAGAAGUGGAAAGGCUGAGCCAAGUAGGGCAAAGCUCCCUGCUCACCUCCCUCAGCAAACUUCUCGGGAAGAAAAAGGAGCUACAAGACCUGGAACUCACGCUUGAAGGGGCUCUAGACAAAGGACAUGAAGUGACCCUGGAGGCACUCCCAAAAGAUGUCUUGCUAUCAAAGGAGGCUAUGGGUGCCAUCCUCUAUUUCCUUGGAGCCCUAACAGAGCUAAGUGAAGCCCAACAGAAGCUGCUGGUAAAAUCGAUGGAGAAAAAGAUCCUACCCGUGCAGCUAAAGCUGGUGGAGAGCACAAUGGAACAGAAUUUCCUACAGGAUAAAGAGGGUGUUUUCCCCCUGCAGCCUGACCUGCUCUCCUCCCUUGGGGAGGAGGAACUGACCCUCACAGAGGCCCUAGUGGGGCUGAGUGGGCUUGAAGUGCAGAGAUCGGGCCCCCAGUACAUGUGGGACCCAGACACCCUGCCCCGCCUCUGUGCCCUUUAUGCUGGCCUCUCCCUCCUGCAGCUCCUGACCAAGGCCUCCUAACUUGCCUCUUCGCUUGCUCCCUGCUUCCUGAAUGCCUCCCUACCUCAUUGUGCUGUGUCCUUAUCACCCAAGGGUAUUUCAGAGCCACCAGGCUGAAGAUGACAGAAAACCUAGCUGAUCACCUAAGAUAAGCAAUUUCCACUUGUCCAGCUCUAUCUCUCCCCUUCCCCCUGCAGUUCCGCAACCCAUCUGCUGGUGCUUAAAUCCUCUAAAAGUAGAAACUUUCAAACUUUUAAAACUAUGAACCAUGAACCAUUUCAGCAAAACCAAAACGAAUUCAUUUCUUAUCCCAAUCCCUCCUUCUUAUGCUUCCAAAACUCAAGUUUUACUGGCAUUAAUGGAAAAUAUUAUUUUAUUUUGGGUG